AUCCUAUCUGAAACUCCAGUCCCUUCGGAAUCCGGCGCCCGGAUUCCGCGGCAUCCUUGGCGGGCGCGUUUGAUUGCAGCCAUGGUGGAGGCCGGUGAGUCGGCUGGAUACAUUUUGGAUCCUGAACGGAUUCCCGCCGAAUUGGAGCCCUUCAAGGAUCGGCUCAGUGAGAACUUUUUUGAAGUCCGAAAGCGCAUUAUCAAUUUCAUCAAAGAGGACAUCAUUCCUGCGAUGCCCAUUUGCUCUCGCCAGUACAAGGAGGAGAUUGACAAAGUGAAAAGCCGCAAACCAGCUUCUCCACAUGAGGAUCCCGAGCAUGCAACACAUCCCGUCUGGGCUGCUUCUCCGCCCAUCUUUGAUGAACUGAGGCAGAAAGCCAAGGCAAGGGGGUUGUACAACUUUUUCUUACCUGAGGUGGGAAAGCUGAGCGUCUUGGAAUAUGCGCCGAUUUGUGAGAUACUUGGCGCUUUUGGACUGUGCAAUGUUGCUAUGAACUGCACAGCUCCCGACACUGGAAACAUGGAAGUUUUGGAGAAGUUUGGUACCGAAGAGCAGAAGAGGCAAUGGCUUGUGCCUUUGCUUGAAGGCAAAAUCAGAUCUGCCUAUGCCAUGACUGAACCAGGUGUUGCAAGCAGCGACGCAACCAACAUUAGUGCAACAAUCACACGGGAUGGAGAUGAGUACGUCAUCAACGGUCAUAAGUGGUACAUCAGUGGUGCCUGUCGCCCUGAAUGCAAAGUCUUUGUUUUCUUGGGACGAUCAGGAACAUCUGAGCAACGCCACAAGCAGCAUUCGAUGAUUCUGGUUCCUCGAGACGCAAAGGGAGUUCAUAUCAUUCGACCUUUAGCAGUCUUUGGUCACAUCCACGAUCAUGCUGAGAUCCUCUUCGAGAAUGUCAGGGUUCCCGCCAGUCACAUGCUGCUUGGGGAGGGUCGUGGCUUUGAGAUUGCCCAAGGUCGCUUGGGUCCUGGGCGCAUUCACCAUUGCAUGCGCACCAUCGGUACGGCAGAGCAAGCCUUGGAUGCAAUUUUGCAUCGGGUGCAUCAGCGCGUGGCCUUUGGCAAGUUGUUGGCUGACCAGGCCACGAUCCGGCAGACGAUUGCGGAGGCACGAAUGGAGAUCACGAAGAGUCGCUUGUUGUGCUACUUGGCGGCGGUCCAGGCGGAUGAUCAUGGCUUCAAAGCGGCCAAGGGCUUCAUCGCCAUGACCAAAGUGGAUGCUCCCAGGAUUUGCCAAAAGAUCCUAGAUGAAGCGAUCCAGAUUCAUGGGGCACAUGGAGUGAGUCAAGACUCGCAUUUGACGGAUUUGUACCAUCAUGUGAGGCAUGUGAGGCUGGCAGAUGGGCCGGACAUUGUUCACCUGAACACCAUCGCCAAGGAGGAACUUAAGAGACGAUCGUCUGUGAUGGGGACGUCUGUCAGUGGUGUGAACAAGAAUGUAGAGAAGUUUGGGAAAUUUGCACACCUCCCGAAGCCCCGAGCCCGCCUCUAGAUCAAGAAGGUGCAAGAUUGAAGCUAUGAAUACGAAGACGGGGCGUCAAAGAUGGUCAAAGCACCAUAACAGUUGCAGCCAUACCAAGAUAUCAAAAACAA